AUGGUGACGUUUGCACAGAAAUGGAUCCGAAAAGUCGAUGUCGAUUUCAGCAUCGAUGCAGCCGUCUGUCUGUCUGCCUGUCUGUCUAGCCUCCGCCCUCGCUCGUACUUCGAACUUCGACAUAUGGUGGGUGGAAACAGAGGGACAGACAUACAGACAGAUACACGACGCGAACGAUCUUUACGUGGACGGCGGCAUUUAGACGGCAAUGCCGCACGAAUUCAUGCCAUAUGGCUGCUGGUCGAACGACGAAGCAACGACGAAUCAUCGCAGUGGAACGAUGAGGCCGGCACGCGUGACGUCCUGCGACGAGGUGAGCGAGGAACGUUGCGUGAGGAAGAGAGUGCAGCCGAUUGUUCAACCGAAAGAGCCGAGCCGGGCAUACAUUGUUUCCUGUUUACGCCGUCGUUCCAUUCGUUCACGAUCACUCAUAUAACUGUUUACCAUAAGUCACUAACUGAAUACAGAGACAGAAAUGAGGGGACAUUCGAGGGAAGGGAGGCAAUUACGUAA